AUGCAGAUCCAAGAUCACGAACUCACAUAUAUCGAGUUGCUUAAGUAUCGAGUGCAACAAGAAAUCCAAGCAGGUUGUAGUUAUUCAUAUAAAACUAGGAAAGAAAGAAAUCAAAUCCAAUUUAAUUGUAAGUGGCCGAAUUGUCCAUGUCGCUUCCUUGUUGAUACACUUCCCGAUGACAAGUACCACAUACGAAAAUGUAUUAACACCCACAAUCAUUCUGCCCCUUUUCCAAACAAAUCACAACAAAUUACAUCAUAUUUUUAUAGAUCUUAUUUAACAAGAUAUUUUGAAUCAAAUCAAGACCGUGUUUACGCACAAUUAAGGUGUUUCAAAGAUCUUAAUAUCCCAUUUGAUAGUGGAAUCAUUCCGGAAAUGUUUCAACAAUCUACGGAUGCUUUAAAAAAGUUUUCUAAACGCCUUCAUGCAAUCAAUACCCGUUUCUCAGCGGAUGAUGUUACAUCUCUUGCAAUUUUUGUCGACAUGGUUAA